ACACGCAUUCAGAACGCGAUUGAAAAUAUAAUUAAGGAAAAGAAUUUGGUAUAAAUAGUUACUGCACUCAGCUGAUUGGUAUCAGUUAGCCACUGGCUUCAAACAGAGUUACUAAUUAGUAUAAUUUUUCGCCUUUGUAAAUCCAAUUUAAAACUUAAACUAAAUAUGCAAAUCCUCUCGUGCAUCACUUUUACUGCUGCCGCACUCUUUGGUGUCGCUUGUGCAGGAUACAUUCCACACGGACACGCCUCCAGUUACGCCUCGGUUGUGCAACACACUGACGGUCACCACGGUUAUGGCAGUCACGACAACUCUCUGCAUUAUGCUGGACAUGGUUAUGCUCACCACGACUUCCAGGAUCACCACUACGAGCACCAUGAGCCCCACCACUAUCCCAAAUACACUUUCGAAUAUGGCGUAAAGGACGCACAUACCGGUGAUCAUAAGAGCCAAUGGGAGCACCGUGAUGGUGAUCAUGUCAAGGGAGGAUAUACCCUGGCGGAAGCUGAUGGCACCACACGCGUUGUAGAGUACACCGCCGACGAUCACAAUGGCUUCAACGCUGUUGUCAAGAAAAUCGGCCAUGCCCACCAUCCUCAGGCAUAUUAUCAUGGCGCUUAUGGUUAUGAUCAUGGUCACGCUGGUAGCUACGUGGAAGUUAAGCACCAUCAAUGAGCGAACUCUCUAACGAAUUAAAACGAACUUAAUGCAAAUGAAACUAUGUUGUUGUAAUCAAAAAAUUAUGUAAUUUUUUUGUAAUAUAUAUAUAUACAUAUAUAUAAA